GUCUUUACAAUCGGCUUUAUCACGUUGUCUUUAUCUAUAUAUAACAGAUAAUAUCUGUGACUUUGAGAGUUGCUUUCCGGACAGUUGCCAAUGGAACGCACACAGAAUAUGUCGACUGCCACGCUGCUUGUGAUCUCAUUUUUGGUCUGCCUGGUGCAGGCGUACGCCCAGGAAGUGCCCAUCGAGGAGACGCUGCAGCGCGGCGUAAUGGCCGUGGAGACAGUGCGUCGGGCAGUCGAUGAGAAAUUGCCGCCCAGCGCUGAGGCACGUCAGGAGGGCACCGAGAUCUUGGCCAGCUUUCAGCAGAGCCUAAAGUCGUGCGAGGAGCAGCUAAGGAAAACCCGCUUGGUCUCAGAGUACAAUACGUGCGUCAGCACACUUCAGGGCUUGGCCCUGGCCUCGAUUGGCGAACUGGCGGGCCAGCAUUGGGCCAAAUCGGGCGCAUCACGUCCAACUCUAUUCUGGUAACU